AUGCAAGGUACAACAACAGCAUGUUAUUUUGCAUCUCUCUAUUCAGAAGCAUCUGUAAAACUUGGACAGGUAGUAGUGGCUAAAGGUCAACGUGCUCUCAUUGGUAAACUAAGUAUGGAUACUAUACGUGAUGAUAAUUAUUAUGAAUCCACAGAGAAAUCUAUAAAAAAUAUAAAGAAAUUUUUAGAAAAAUUUUUUUUUCUUAAAUGUAAAACCUGAAGCCCCCUCAUAAAACCAAUUAUAACACCAAGGUUUGCUUUAAGUUGCUCCAUGAUACUGAUGAGAGAAUUAGGAAAACUAGCAAAAGAAAAAAAUCUUCACAUACAGACUCAUAUAUCUGAAAAUACAGAUGAAAUAAAAGCUGUAAAAGAAAAAUUUCCUGAACAUUCCUCAUAUGCAGCUGUAUAUGAUGAAGCUGGACUUAUUACAAAUAAGACAGUGCUAGCUCAUGGAAUAUAUCUCACAGAUAAUGAGAUUGCAUUGAUAAAAGAACGAGGUGCAUCAGUUAUACAUUGUCCUUCAUCAAAUACAUGUUUAAAAAGCGGUCUCUGCGAUGUUCAAAAAUUGAAAAAUAAAGGGGUGAAGAUUGGUCUUGGCACUGAUGUUUCAGGAGGACAAAGUUGCAGUAUUUUAGACACAAUGAGAUCAGCUUUAGAAGUAUCAAGCCAUUUGUCCAUAAUUAAAGAUAAUUACAAAGCACUUAAUUAUAAAGAUGUAUUUUAUCUGGCUACUUUAGGAGGUGCAGCAGCACUUGCAAUGGACAAUCAAAUAGGAAAUUUUGAAAUUGGUAAAGAAUUUGAUGCUCUUGUUGUGGAUACAAGUGUAAGUGAUGGACUUUUAAAUGACUUGCAAAACAAUACUUUAGAAGAACGACUUCAAAAAUUCAUAUACUCCGGAGAUGAUCGUAAUAUAGUUCAGAUGUAUGUAAAUGGGCAUAAAGUUAAGUAA